AUGGGCGGAUUUCUCGUUGAAUAUCAUGUUUUUGAUGAUGGAGAUGAUUGUAGGAAUGGUGACGAUGACGAUAUUUCAGAUGAUGGUUUAUUAUCAAGUGAAUCAGAGAAAAUCAAACUUGAAACAAUUGACGAAAUGACUAUUCAAUCAUCUAGUUAUCCAUCAUCUAUGGUUUCAUUAUCACAAAACAAUAAUUCAGUGACAAGUAUUCGUAAUAGUUCACCAGCAUAUAGUAAUAAAUCAAAAAAUGAUAAGAUAAAUGGUGCUUUAUCCACUGAAAAUAGUUUUAUUUCUAUUGAAUCUCAGAAAUCUAUUCCACGGAAUAAUAAACAUCAAUCAAUUUUAAAUGAUAUUAAUUUAGAUUUAAUUAGUAAUAAAUCCACAGUAAAUGGAGGACGUCGACGAAAUCAACAAAAAGAUUUUCUAAGUUUUAAUGCACGUGCAAAAAUAGUAAAUGAAUUAUAA